UUGAAGCAGAGUGGUUAGAAAUGUCGGAGUCUAAACGAGAGUCUAAGGCCAAUGCGCCUGUGAUAGACCUGGACUAUAUCCUGGUGAACGAGCUUGGCCAGUUCGGAUGGUACCAGCUACGGAAUAUGUGCCUCGUCAGCUUGGCAAUAGCGUCCUCUGCGUUCUUCAGCGAAUAUAUCUUCUCGGCUGCUGCUGUUCCACAUCGAUGCCGUAUCCCGGAAUGCGGAGAAACUUCUAAGAGCGAUCUCCUUGAACCGAGCUGGAUUUUCAAUGCUAUCCCCGAUGGGAGCAGCUGCGAACGGUAUGCAUCAAGCAAUAUGGGCACUGGUAGUCUGAACUACUGUCCUGCAAAUCUGUUCAACCAAUCACAAACACUAGACUGCGAAGAAUUUGUAUAUGCGAGAGAUAAUUCUGUUGUUUAUGAUUUUAACCUUGGUUGUCAAGAAUGGUUGCGAGCUCUAGCGGGCACACUCAACAGUGUCGGCACAUUGCUAGUACUACCUAUAACUGGCUACAUCUCGGAUCGCUUCGGUCGCCGGGUGGCUCUGGCCAUCAGUCUCUUCAACACUGCUCUAAUCGGUCUCAUCAGAGCCUUCUCUGUUAACUACGUUAUGUAUUUGGUGCUGCAGAUCCUUCAAACCACUUUGGGCGCUGGUAUAUUCAGCUCGGCUUAUAUUUUCGCUGCAGAACUUGUGGGACCGAAAUGGCGUGUGGUGGCCAGUGCGACGUGCUCCUCAAUGUUCGCCGUCGGCCAAGUCAUCCUCGGUGGAGUGGCCUGGGCCGUCCAGCCGUGGAGACAAAUGAUCAUAGCGUUACACGUGCCUGUGUUCCUCCUCAUCUCCUACUACUGGAUCCUCUCAGAGAGCGUGAGGUGGCUCCUAUCUCAAAACAGAUUUGAAGAAGCUAAGCAAAAUCUGGAAAACGUAGCGAGGGUGAAUAAGAAACAAGUUAGUGAAAAGUCCAUGCUGGCUCUGAUGAAUCCACAAAGGGAAGAACCAAAGACAGAGCAACGCAGCCUAAUAAAGACGAUAUUCCGAUCCCGAGUGCUCCUAAGGCGUGUUUGUACGACUCCCAUUUGGUGGAUCACAACCACCUUUGUGUACUAUGGUCUGUCCAUCAACUCCACGAGUCUUUCUGAUACGAUGCAUCUCAACUUUAUCCUUACUGCUGCAAUCGAAAUACCUGGAUACUAUACCGCUGCGUUUAUUCUGAACAAGGCUGGAAGAAAACCAACUCUGAGCGUUGGAUUCAUAUUCUGCGCUUUAUGUAAUCUUGCCUUCGUUUUCAUUCCGACAGCACUCACCGUGGUCCGCCUGAUCGUGUUCCUUGCUGGCAAGUUCUUCAUCUCUGUGGUGUUUACCUCCCUGUAUCUGUUCACCUCUGAGCUGUACCCGACAGAGUUCCGCCACAGUUUGCUGGGCUUCUCCUCUAUGAUUGGCAGGAUUGGGUCUAUUACUGCCCCGUUGACGCCUGUGCUUGCUGACUACUGGAACGGUAUUCCAUCAACCAUGUUCGCGACCAUGGGCCUCCUCUCUGGUAUCCUGGUACUCACGCAGCCGGAGACCCUCGGCACCAAGUUACCUGAUACUUUAGAAGAAGCAGAAGCUCUUGGGAAGCAUGUAGACGCUUCUAGCUGAUUUAAUUACGUAGUUAAAAGUUCUCUCUAUAAUUUUUUAUAUUAAUGAUAAUAAGGAUAUUUAUCUAAAGAUCUCAAUUUAUAUUUAUUUAAACAUGUGAAAAUUCAAAAUAUGUAAAAUGUAUCAAUUCGAUAUGACGAAGAAUCGCAAAAAUAAAUUAAAACGAAAGAUUUUAA